AUGCCCCAGAGCCCACCUUCAAAGUCCCGGAUCACUACUCCUCACUUUGAACUUCAUGCCGAAACUGGGAAGCAACCCAAAAACACGGAGCAAGAAGAGAUAUUUAGGAAGGUAAAGAGCUUGGAGCAGUCGCUGAGAAAUAUACAAGGUUUAGGUGGCCAAGUGAGUGUGGCAUAUAAGGAUCUGUGCUUGUUUAUAGAUGUCCAACUACCUGCCAGAUUCAAAAUGCCCAAAUUUGACUUGUACGACAGGCAUGGAGACCCUGUGGCCCACUUAAGAGGAUUUUGUAGCAAAAUGAGGGGAGCUGGUGGGAGAGAUAAAUUGUUGAUGACAUAUUUUAGUCAAAGUUUGAGUGGUGCAGCAUUGGAAGGGUACACCCGCCAGGACAAUAGCAGGUGGUACACUUGGGAUGACUUAGCCCAUGCUUUCGCUCGGCAUUUCCAGUACAACGUAGAGAUUGUCCCAGAUCGCCUGUCCUUGACUAAGAUAGAGAAAAAGCCCAGUGAGAGUUUGAGGGAGUAUGGUUUCCGAUGGAGAGAACAGGGGUUGAGGCAAUUGGACGUUCUAAGGCCGAUUGAGUCAAAAUUACCAAAUCCUUCUCCGAAAAACCUGGAUUAUUCCCUCAAAUGUUCAUAUUGUUCUGAUGCUCUGGGGUACGACACAGAAAAGUGUUGGCAUUUGAAAAGCUCUAUCCAGGAGCUUAUUGAUACAAACAAAAUUGUGGUCCAGAGCCCGGAAGAUGGGGAGCCCAAGAAGCCUUCAAAGACUGUUAUGAUGAUCCGUGCCAGUGAAAGUAAUCCAGUCAAAACUUUGGUUGUUACAAAAGCAACAUCUUCGAUAGCUGAAGGGCUGACAGACAAGCUAAGCACGUCCAAUGAUAAUCCACAUGUGGUAGUCGCGAAGGGGUUCCCAGAUGAUGUUGAAACAAAGCAAGGAAAGCCAAAAGUGGUCGUCCUGGGGGUAGCAAGUAAGUCUGUCAUAAUCGUGGAAGGGGCUUGUAUUGCCCCAGUUAUUAUUAAACCUGUGACCCAGCUGCUGAUAGAUAACACCAAGGUUGUUCCAUGGAAUUACAAACGAGUGAUAGUAACUUAUAAAGGGAAAGAAGUGGAAGAGGAAGUUAAUGAAACCCGGGGGUUGACUCGUUCGGGGAGAUACUUUGGCCCAGUGGAAUUAAGGAAAGUUAAGCCACUCAAAGAUAACCCAAUCCUGGUGAAGAAGCCAGCCACCGAAGAGGAGGCGGAAGAGUUCUUGAGGAAAAUGAAGGAACACCGUCGAGCCCUAGUGAAGAUUUUGAAUGAGGCUCAUGUCCCUGAUAAGAUCACAGUGAACCAUUUGGAGAAGAUUGCCAACAAGAUAUUUGAGGCAAACGAGAUCACUUUCUCGGAUGACGAGCUUCCUUUGGAGGGUACAGAGCACAAUCGAGCUCUUUAUCUCAGAGUUAAAUGCGAGGAUUUCGUGGUCACAAGGGUGCUAGCUGAUAAUGGUUACAGUGCAAACAUUUGCCCCCUCUCCACUCUGCAAAAGUUGAAAAUUGAUACUGAAAGGAUCUACAAGAACAAUGUAUGUGUUCGAGGUUUUGACGGAGGGGGAAAGGAUUCUGUUGGCGAUAUCGUGUUUGAACUGACAAUAGGACCAGUUGAAUUUACCAUGGAAUUCCAGGUACUAGAUAUGGUCGCCUCCUACAAUUUGGUAUUGGGCAGGCCCUGGAUACAUGUUGGCAAAGCAGUCCUAUCUUCUCUGCACCAGAUGGUAAAGUUCGAGUGGGACAGACAGGAAAUUGUUGUGCAUGGUGACGAUAACUUAUGUGCUUACAAUGAUACAUCCAUCCCAUUUAUUGAGGCCGAAGACGAUGAGGGGCCUUGGGUUUACCAAGUUUCCAAAAUAGCGUCAGUUGAGAAGGUUCCAUAA